UGGUGUAAUCGCAUAUACAAACAGACAAUCUUUUUGCGCUGCCAAGAUGAUCCUCGAAGAACAAAGAUUUAUCCAUGAAGAUCUGGAGCGGUUGGAGCAGGCCAUUGCCGACCGUGUGGCUGAAGAGCCCCGUAACCUACGUGACCGCCUAAACCGCGAUCAUGAGAUUGCUUACUUCCUGAACCGCAUAGACGAGCAGUCAAAACGACUGCUGGACAUUUACAAGGAUUCCGAUGGCGCGCGCAACAAGGAGAUCCAAGCUAUUUCAACUGGCGAUCAAUUCGAGGAGUUUUACCGACAGCUGGAUGAAAUCAAGGACUUUCACAAGCGCUACCCCAACGAACCGGUCGAAAACCUCGAGCGCGCCUAUAAGCGCCGUCAGCUCGGGGAGGGGGAAACAACUGGCAUGGAGGUUGACAACCUGUUUACUGGUGAGGAGAGUUACGGACAGUUUUUGGACUUGACGACCCACCACGAGGAAUACCUCAACCUUCCUGGAGUCAAAAGACUGUCCUAUAUUCAGUAUCUCGAUAUCUUCGAUGCUUUCACACCCCCGCAGCUCCCAAUCAAACGCAGCAACAAGAUUUCAGACAGAUACUUCAAGUAUGUCGGCGAGCUCGCAAGCUACUUGGAAGGCUUCAUCAAGAAAAUCAGACCGCUACAAGAUCUGGGCAAGCUCUUUGCCAGCUUCGAUGACGAAUUCGAGAAACAAUGGUCGGCCAACGAAGUACCGGGAUGGACGGAGGAGAAGGCCGAGAAUGGGACUCAGGGCCCGAAGACCGAAGGAUCUGGGGAAGGCAUUUGGUGUGCUGAUUGCGAGCGGGAAUUCAAGAAUGAGAACGUUUACAAAAAUCAUUUGACGGGCAAGAAACACAUUCGUGCAGCUGAGGCUCGUAAGGCCUCGGGUGACUCCGGCGAUAGACCCGCGCCAUCUGCAGGCAGUGGGUUCACAGGUGCCCACCGAUUGAAGGAACGUGCGGUAGCAGAGAGAGAACAUCGCGUCCGGUCUCUCACACAAGUCCUAAGCGCAGAGCGCGAGGCGACCAAGAUCAACGUGGAGCGCAAGCAGGGCAUGACGGACCGGGAACGGAAGAUGGAAAUCGAGGCGCUACAGAACGAAUCCGAAUACCUGGGUGGAGAUCGUGGAAACGACCAAUCUGACGACGAAGGCGAUGAGCGCAUCUACAACCCUCUCAAACUGCCACUUGCCUGGGAUGGGAAACCGAUCCCUUACUGGCUCUACAAGUUGCACGGUCUGGGUGUGGAAUACCCGUGCGAGAUUUGCGGAAAUUUCGUCUACAUGGGUCGUCGCGCCUUUGACAAGCACUUCUCUGAGGCUCUGCAUAUUUUCGGCCUGAAGUGCCUGGGUAUCACGUCCAACACGAAUCUUUUCCGCGAGAUCACCCGGAUUGACGAGGCUUUGCGACUAUGGGAAAAGCUUGAGAAGGACCGCAAGAAGGACAGAGACAACCGUGACAAUGUUGUGCAGAUGGAGGAUGCGGAAGGAAAUGUGAUGCCUGAGAGGAUCUAUCUUGACCUUCAGAAACAAGGCAUUCUGUAAUCUACAGAUCUUCAGUCUGCCCAUCAAGAACGGUGUCGUCUAUUUCUUCAUCUGGUUGCUUUGGUUCGAAAAGCCUGGAGUUCAGCGGUGUUUAUUUUCUCAUUGCUUAUGGUUACCUAAACUACCGGAAUUUAUCGUUGGUUAGAAUUGAAUGAAUAGGUGCACAGGCUUCCAAAGCUCGGCACAAUCUGUAUCUUUCC